CGGGGCCCAGACCGGCUCGGCGCGUCGACUGCCCAGAGUCCGCGACCAGGGAGCCCGCAGGGGGAGAGCCAUGGCUUACCACAGCUUCCUGGUGGAGCCCAUCAGCUGCCACGCCUGGAACAAGGACCACUCCCAAAUUGCCAUCUGCCCCAACAACCACGAGGUGCACAUCUACGAGAAGAGCGGGACCAAGUGGACCAAGGUGCACGAGCUCAAGGAGCACAACGGGCAGGUGACAGGCAUCGACUGGGCCCCUGAGAGUAACCGCAUCGUGACCUGCGGCACAGACCGAAAUGCCUAUGUGUGGACACUGAAGGGGCGCGUGUGGAAGCCCACGCUGGUCAUCUUGCGCAUCAACCGGGCUGCUCGCUGUGUGCGCUGGGCGCCCCUGGAGAACAAGUUUGCUGUUGGCAGUGGCUCCCGAGUCAUCUCCAUCUGCUACUUCGAGCAGGAGAAUGACUGGUGGGUGUGCAAACACAUCAAGAAGCCCAUCCGCUCCACCGUCCUCAGCCUGGACUGGCACCCCAACAAUGUGCUCCUGGCUGCCGGCUCCUGCGACUUUAAGUGCAGGAUCUUCUCCGCCUACAUUAAGGAGGUGGAGGAGCGGCCGGCACCCACCCCAUGGGGCUCCAAGAUGCCCUUUGGGGAGCUGAUGUUUGAGUCUAGCAGCAGCUGCGGCUGGGUACACGGCGUCUGUUUCUCAGCAAGUGGGAGCCGAGUGGCCUGGGUCAGCCACGACAGCACCGUGUGCCUGGCCAAUGCCGACAAGAAGAUGGCCGUCGCCACCCUGGCCUCUGAAACACUGCCCCUGCUGGCCGUCACCUUCAUCACAGAGAACAGUCUGGUGGCAGCGGGUCACGACUGCUUCCCAGUGCUGUUCACCUACGACAGCACAGUAGGAACGCUGAGCUUCGGUGGACGGCUGGACGUGCCCAAGCAGAGCUCCCAGCGUGGCCUAACGGCCCGAGAGCGCUUCCAGAACCUGGACAAGAAGGCCAGCACAGAGGGCGGUGCCGUCUCAGGUGCCGGGAUCGAUUCAGUGCACAAGAACAGUGUCAGCCAAAUCUCAGUACUCAGAGGGGGGAAGGCCCAGUGUGCACAAUUCUGUACAACUGGCAUGGACGGUGGCAUGAGCAUCUGGGACGUCAAGAGCCUGGAAUCAGCCCUGAAGGACCUCAAGAUCAAAUGACCUGAGGAGGUGCACGCUGGGCAGUAAGGCCCCUCGUUUUGCUGAAGUUCCUAGGGUGCUCCCUCAGGAGCUGGGGGGGGGUGGUGGUGCUUUUGUCUGUUGAAGAAAUAUGUACCUUUGGAGAAAUGCUUUCCGUUGUAAAGAAUGCCCCAACGGCACUAUGCUGGCUAUGAACUGCUUAAUGCCCAAGUAAUAAAGGCAGCUGCAGCCCUGUC